AGAUUCUUGGUUGAAUACAGAUCACUUGUGCCUUGUAAGAAUCAGAAAUGGUUUCACAGGGUGCAGGAAGCUCAUGCGAGCUGCCAAUCACUGAUUGAGUUCUGUCUCCAACAGGCCUAGGGAUGAAGGCUGCCAGCAUCUUGGCCUUGAUCAGCUGCCUGGUCACGGUCACUGAACCCAAAGUCUACACUCGUUGUAAACUGGCAAAAAUAUUUUCAAGGGCUGGUCUGGACAAUUACCAGGGCUUUAGCCUUGGAAACUGGAUCUGCAUGGCAUACUAUGAGAGCCACUACAAUACAACAGCUCAGACCAAGCUGGAGGAUGGAAGCAUUGACUAUGGCAUUUUUCAGAUAAACAGCUUCACAUGGUGCAGACAUGCUAAGCUGCAGGAGAAAAACCACUGUCAUGUUGCCUGCUCAGCCUUGCUCACUGAUGAUCUCACAGAUGCAAUUAUCUGUGCCAAGAAAAUUGCCAAAGAGACAGAAGGGAUGAACUAUUGGCAAGGCUGGAAGAAACACUGUGAGGGCAAAGACCUGUCUGAAUGGAAAAAGGGAUGUGAGGUCUCGUGAGCCAGAACCAGACCCAGGACACUCUCCAACAACUCCCUAGGAUUGUGUCAAAAUGCUCCUCUCACCUUGUCCCCUUUCUCCCGAUGUUCCUUCUCAAAGUUGGGGAGGGAAAACUAAGUUCUAGUUUAAAAGAAAUAAAUAUUUCCAUUUGAGUAUCUUUACCUCA